UUUUUUUUCGAUAAUAAUGACUCCGUCUGAUUGCAUAAGCUUCCUAGCCAGCCAUCUGCUUGCGUUUGCUUUAAACAUUUUGUUCGGUUAAUAUUAUUUUUUUUAAACGACAUUGAUAUGAUAUAAACAGCGCGUGUCACUGUUGUGCUGUGGGGAGCACCAAUCAGCCAGAGCUUGUCACAAUGCUGGCCCGCAAAGGCCUUUUGGCUGAUGGUUUCCUGUUGACACGACUGGCUGAAGAUGCCACACAACCCAGCCGCAUCCGGCCAAAGUCACAGAGGGCACGUUUCAUCACCAAGAGUGGGUCGUGUAAUGUUGCCCACAAGAAUAUACGAGAACAGGGCCGGUUUCUCCAAGAUGUUUUCACCACCAUGGUGGACCUGAAAUGGCAGCAUUCCCUGCUCAUCUUCACUUCGGCAUUCCUCUGCUCCUGGAUGCUCUUUGCCAUGGUUUGGUGGCUCUUAGCGUUCGCUCACGGCGAUCUGGAGCCUCGAGAUCCCAAUGAGCCUGGACCUGUGCCGUGUGUCACUUCCAUUCACUCCUUCACGUCUGCCUUUCUGUUCUCCAUUGAGGUGCAGGUGACUAUUGGUUUUGGAGGACGAAUGGUGACGGAGGAAUGUCCACUGGCCAUCAUAGUCCUCAUUAUCCAGAACAUUCUGGGCUUGAUCAUCAACGCCAUCAUGCUGGGCUGUGUGUUCAUGAAGACAGCUCAAGCCAACCGGAGAGCAGAGACCCUCAUCUUCUCCCGUAACGCAGUCAUUGCCCCUCGGAACGGCCGACCAACGUUCAUGUUCCGUGUCGGGGAUCUGAGGAAGAGCAUGAUCAUCUCAGCCACAAUACAGCUGCAGGUGAUUCGGCGCACAGUGACGGCGGAGGGUGAGGUGAUUCCUGUCUGUCAGCUUGAUAUCCAGGUGGAAAAUCCUCUCAGGAGCAACGGCAUAUUCCUCGUCUCUCCGCUUAUAAUCAGUCACACCAUUGACAGAGGAAGUCCGCUGUACGAGGUCUCAGCGCAGUCCCUGGCUACCGAAGACCUGGAGAUCAUUGUCAUCUUGGAAGGUGUUGUGGAGACCACCGGCAUCACCAUGCAGGCCCGCACAUCCUACACGCCAGAGGAGAUCUUUUGGGGUCGGCGUUUCGUCUCCAUUAUGACGGAGGAGGAUGGGCGCUACUCAAUCGACUACUCCAAAUUUGGAAACACCGUCCCCGUCCGGAUGGCGGCGCUCAGUGCUAAGGAGCUGGACCAGACCAGGGGCGUGCAGGACAGUGGACCCCAUGAGGGUAAACCUCAGGGCUGGGGGCUGGUGAGGGCGGGACGGGGCGGGUACAGGAGGGGCGGCGGCCGGGCCUGCGAUGACACUGCAGUCAAGCCUUGGUACGUGCCAGCGGAGAAGGAGGAGGAGAAGAAGGGGCAAAAGAAAAAGGUGAAACUUGAGGAAAUAGGCAGAGAGAUUGAAGAAGAAACAGUGGAGGACAUGAGUGAUUAGAACAAAAACAUUUAUUUGGUUUUUCAGGUAUGGAAGUAGAAAUAGCCUAGAAGUUACUGGUAACUAGUUCACUUAAAGUUAUAGUUCACCUAAAAAUGAAAAUUCUGUCAUCAUUUACUCACCAUCAUGACAUUUCAAACUCUCAAACAGCAUCUUUAUAACCUUUUUGGAUCUUCUAAGUUUUGGUUACCUGGGCAGAAAUCUCUCAAGUUUCAUUCAGAAUAACAUACUUUGUGUUUCGGAGAUUAACCAAAGUCUGAUGGGUUUGGAACAACAUGAGGGUGAGGAAAUGAUGACACAAUUUCCAUUUUUUUUUGGAGAACUAUCCCUUUGAUAUUCAAUAAUAUUAUAAAUAAUAGUCUCAAAUAGAUUUUAUACUACACAUGUUUUGUAAACUGUCAAAACAUGGACAACUGUGGCAUUGCUUACGAAUACCUCUGAGAAUUUCUUGUUCUUUUCUGCCAGCAAUAAAAUGAAUUUUAGGAUUGUUUUAACAGAAAAAUGUGGUAUCUUGACAGUACUAGUCAAGAUAUGGACUGCAGUUAGGGUACAUGACAUAAUUAAUUCAGUGAGAAUAAAAAGCAGGCUGUGGGGGACAGAAGUAGUCAACAGAGUCAACUUUCAAGUUGUGAAAUUAAACAUGACCAAAACUCUGCACAAACUGUUUAACAGACUCUUUCUAUCCACCACAGAUAAGUUUCUUUUUAUUAUUCACGUCAAAUUAAAUAUGGCAUAUACCUCAAUUAAAAUGUAUUACUUCUGCUGUUAAAGUAAACAUGUGGCAGCUGUAUAUGUUUGUAUGUUGGGUUUUGAUACCAUAAGCCCUUUUAAUAAUAUUACAGUUCAUUGCCUAUUUGUGUUCCGAUCUUGUUUUAUGAGAUGAUGUGUUUACAUAACUUUUUUUAAAGGUAUAGUACACUCAAAAAUACAAAUUCGGUCUUCAUUCACUAACCCUUAUGUCAUUCCGAACUCAUAUGACUUUCAUUCUUCUGCUGAAAUGUAAAAGAAGAUAUUUUCCACUGACCUACAUAGUAUGGGCAAAAACAACAACAACAACAACAACAACAACAAUGUAAGUCAAUGAACCAAAAAAAAAAAAAAGGAAGAUAUUUUGAAGAGU